AUGUCUGAUACAACUACUUCAUUACCUAAAUUAAGAAAACCAUUAAAAUUUAAAUAAGUAGAAUUCAAUCCUGAAACUGCAAAAGAGAUUACUUAACCUGUUUUGAAUACUACUAAUAUUGAAGUUGAACAAAAAAAACAUGCUGACUAAGUAGAAUAAGUUAAUAAAGAUUAAAAGAAAGAAAAGAAAGUAUUAAAAUUAAAGGCUCCUAUUUAAGCUUAAAUCAACGGUGAUACAAAUGAUCACAAAGAAGAACCCUAGGUUGUUGAAUCAUAGACAACCAGCAUCCCUCCUGUAGUAAAUCACAGAGCUGAAGAAAUUAUUAAGCCUGUAGAAGAAUAAGUUGCUCCUCAGCCUGUCAAGACUGUGAUUACUUUUGAAGUUAUCUCAUACUUCUUGGAUAAGGAUUUAACUUUUGAAGUUGAAGAUGAUGACAGAAAGACUUUCGACAAGAGACUUGUAACCUUCAUAAAUAGAAAGUAUGAAUAAAGUUCAUCCAAAGAUUAUGUCAGCAGAAACAAUAACAGAAACUAGACCAGCAAGGUUAAUGGUUCUUACAAUAAUAACAAGCCCUACGUUAAGCAAGGCCAAAACACCCCUAACACAUUCCCCACAGCUGAAGGGGGUAUUACCAGAAACGAUAGCAAGAGAUACACUUAACCCGCAUUAAUCAAGGGCAACAGCAGUAAUUAAUAAAUUUCAAGACAAAAAGAAGAUAUCGACAUUAUCGAAUUCAAGAUGAAGCUAAAGAAGAACGCCUCUUAAUUCACUGAACAUGCCAAGACCUUGAGAACAGACGAAUUUAAGAAAUAAAUCAGCGAAAUCAGAUUAGAUUUAAAUAUUUUAACUCCUACUAACUUCGAAGUCAUUAAGAAGAAAUUAUUCGACCUCGCUAUGACCAACGAAAAUCUUUGUGAAUACGUUGUAGAAGGUAUCAUCGAAAAGGCUAGAACUGAAAGAACUUACUCUCAAGUUUAUGCUGAUUUAUGCAAAUAUAUGAUCGAAUAAUCCAAGAAGUUGCCCAGCGAAGCUCAAUAAAAGGUGUUUAAAAGCCAUCUCUACACCAACAUUCAACAAACAUUUGAAGGAGAAAAGGAUAUCUUCAACAAUAAAAUGACUUUUGCCAAAUAAAAAAGACUCGAAGAUAUGAAGAGCGAUGAAGAAAAAAAAUUAUACUUUGCUGAUAAAAAGAAAAGAGAAAUGUUAAAUGUUAAGUUUAUUGGUAAUCUUUUCUUAAACAAAUCUAUGAACUUCGCUAUUCAAACCAUUUGCUGCAGUGAACUCUUAAAGAGAUUCAUUAAAGGCUACUGUGAAGUCAGUGAUGAACAAAGAGAUAAAGAAUAAGUAGAAGAAGCCCACUAUGAAGAUCAUCUUGAAGCUCUUAUUGCUCUUUUUGAAUAAACUGGCUAGAAGAUGGAAGAAAAGUACGUUGAAAGCAAGAAAAAGAGUCAAUAAUCUAGCGAACCCUCUUCUAUCCUUUCCAGCGUUAUUUCUUUAAUCGAAAAGAGAAAGGUCGAAGAAGUUUUAGAAAACAUCGAAACUCUCAGCUUCGAAGAUUACUUUACAAUCUUCGAAUGGUUGAAGAAGAAUAAAAAGAUUUCUCCUAGAAUCUAUUCUUUGAUCACCAACUUACUUGAACGUAAGGGUGAAGGCUGGAAGGAAAGAUUGAGCACCUAAACUGGUCCUCAAAGUCUCUAAAACUUGCACAAGAAACAUGAAGAAGAAAUGAAACAAAACUAACUCGAACUUCAAAAGUACGAAUAAAAGUAAAAGCAAGGUGGUAACCACAAAGAGAGAGGCUAUCAAAGAAAAGACGACAAGAAGAGAUAAACUGUCAACAACAGUCAAGCUAAUGGCAAAUUAGACGAAAAGGCUGGUAUUGUUAGAGCCAAAGAAUUCUGGGGUUAUUUAGACGCCAAGGUUAAAAUUUAGGAAGACUAUGGUGUUGCCAACGCUGUUAACGACUUAAAGCAAUUAAAGGAAGAUGUUAUUGAUCCUGUUAUUUUUGGUGAAGUUUUGAUUAAGACUGUUUAUGAUUGCAACAAAGCUCAUAAGGAUGAUAGAAUGCAAGUAGCUAAGGAAGUAUCUACCAUUAUUACUCCUGAAUAAUUCUUCAAAGCCUUCAAUGACAGACUCAACAAGAGCAAAGAUGAAAGCUCUGAUUUCCCUCUCUUCUUAGAAUUCCUUUCUGAACUUUUUGUCCACUAUUACAACCAAUCUUUAAUCCAAUUCAAUCAAUUAAAGAUCAACUAUAAACCUGAUUACGAUGAAUACGAUCAAGAAGAUCUUAAUUUCGUUUACAUGCAAUUCUUCGAAGAAUGUAUCAAACUCCUUAAAAAAUAAGAGUCUUUCAAUGCCUCUGAAUUCAUUAAAUCUCAAAUUGACCCUGUUCUUAAGGGUAAAGAUAGCCGUUAUGAUGACUGGGUAAAAGAAAACAGCUAGUGA